AUGGGUAAUAAUAGUAUCAGAACUAUAUAUACAUUCAGAGCAUGUCACAUUUUUGGUGAAAAUAUUACAUUUGAAUUGGAAUUGGCAAAUAAUAAAAUAAAUUGGAGAUAUCAAAGUUGUAGAAGGAUUGGAUCAAAAGAAACCCAAUUCUUUAAAAGAAAUAUUUCAAUUCUAAACUUUAAUGGAUGCACAUACAAAGUAGAAUUUUUCUUUGAUAAUAGACUCGUUGAUUUUGAAAUUAUGACAAAUUAUAUCGGUCCAAAUGAUCAAGACGAAGAAAUUACCUACCAUACUCAUAAUCUUCAAUCAGAGGGUGAAAUAUUUCAUUUAGUAGGUUGGAGUGGCACAACUUUAACUUUUAGAAAAAUGGAUUUCAAACAAUUAGUUGUUAAUUAA